UAUGCAGAAAUCAUGGCGGACGAAAAUAGUUUGUUGUGAUCUCAAUGGCGUCGUUAAAUUUUUGAUUUAAAAAUAUGUGUACAAGUGUUGUAUUUGAAAUGUGUUUGGCAGUGGUUGUGCUUUCUUUAAAGUUAAGGUGGUUUUAACACAUCAUUUACAUAAUUAAGUGAACGAUGUAACGGAUUUUAUUCAAUUUUAAUAUAUAGCAUCGUAGUGUGUAUUUACUCUGUAGCGUAUCGCUAUGAUGGGUGAAACUCCAUGUAAAUGUGGUCCCGAUGACAUGCGCUGUGUUGACGACGACAUGAAUGUGACAAGUUCAGGGUCGGAACUUUUCUCCAGCCUUGAUACAUCAUCUGAAGAUAAUGGGAUGUCACAUUUCAACCCUGAAACGAGCUCUCCAAAUUCCAUACCGCCGUUUGUUCUCAAAGUAAGAGCGUCCUCUCCCAACGAUAAGACUGACGGUACGAUAGCCAGAACCAGUUGCAGGAAGAAUUUGAAUUCACUUUUACCGUCUGUAAACUCUCCUCCCUACAAACGUGUGCGGGCGUUACAGCUGUACGAUGUCCCUGAAACGCCGAAAACAAUCCUGAGGAAGUGCGUGGGUCUUACUUCAUUGGACCACAAUACUUCGGAUGUUAAAGAAGACAACUCAACAUCUUUUAAUACUAAUCCUUUCACCCCAAAGAACAUGCUGUCGAUGCCAAGAAAAAGGGCUCGUUUAAAUGAAGGAUCACCAAAUGACUCUAGUACUCCUAAAGGUAUUCUGAAGGUGAAGGAUGAUGAAAGCGAUCUUGAACAGCCUACCAAGAGGUUUGCUCUUAAACAGUCAAACAUCUCCCGUUACCACCAAGAAUUUCUAGAGUUAGGAUUGAUUGGGAGAGGAUCCUUCUGCAGCGUGUACAAAUGUCUCAACAGACUAGAUGGUUGUCUUUAUGCCAUCAAGAAGAGUAUUCGCCCACUCACUGGUAGCAUCAACGAGAAGCGUGCCCUGAAUGAAGUGUACGCACAUGCUGUGAUGGGCAGGCAUCAAAACGUGGUGUGCUAUUUCUCUGCAUGGGCGGAGGAUAACCACAUGUACAUUCAGAACGAGUUCUGCAACGGGGGCAGUCUCGCAGAAGUGAUAAAAGACACCAGGUUCACGGAGGCAGAGCUUCACGUGCUGCUGCAUCAACUGGCCGAGGGGGUCAACUACAUCCACUCGAAGGAGCUGGUUCACCUGGACAUCAAGCCGGAGAACGUGUUCAUCUGCCAGGAGACGCAGACGGACGAGAAGGAGGCCGCGCCGGCGGCGGAGCGUGUCGUGUACAAGAUCGGGGACCUCGGGAACGUGACGUCGCUCAACAACCCGCAGGUGGAGGAGGGCGACUGCCGUUACCUCACCAGGGAGAUCCUGCAGGAGGACUACUCUCACCUGACCAAGGCCGAUGUGUUCUCCCUGGGGCUGACCAUCUACGAGGCGGGCGGCGGGGGCCCGCUGCCCAAGAACGGCGAAGAGUGGCACGCGAUACGGGACGGCCAGCUGUCGUACCUGCGUCAGUGCAGCCGGGAGUUCAACGACCUGCUCAGGCAGAUGAUCGAUCCACAGCCGAGCGCCCGGCCCUCGGCGGUCGCCAUCCUGUACCACCCGGUGCUGGUGCCCCCCAGCGACAAGAGCAAGCGGGACCUGCUCACCGAGCUGGAGACGGAGAGACUCAAGCGGCAGCUGCUGGAGCAGCAACUGCAGGAGGCGCUGCGAAGCGACGGGGACUCCAGCACGAGGCAGGUCGGCUAUCGCACGCGGCGAAGCCAGAGCAGCAACCUCCUGUAGUGCCCGGCUCCGGUCUGGAGUAACCAUGCAUCACACAGCGUGCAACAUGAAGUGAACAAAUAUUUUAAUUAUAACAAUAACCAUGGCUGUGCCAUUGUCAUGUGAUAUCUAAACUGCAAACCACUGUCAGUUUUUAUGAUCUUAUUAGGCCUACUUAUCGUCUAUGUAGAAGCGUAUAACGUUCAGUUGUAAGGUUUCUAUAAGCUGGUGUGUAUGAGUGUGUGUGUGUGUGUGUGGAGAUUCCAAAAGCAAUAGCAUCAUGUUUAUUAUUUUCCUUUUUCUAGUAUUUCUAAAAUAUAAUUGGCAGUUCUUGUACAGAUAGGCAUGUUAUCUUGCAUUCAGCAUUUGUGUUUAUUUUUGUAUAAAUUAUUUGAUGAUGAUGAUAUUAUUGUUCUUAAAUGUGUUGCUACUAGGCAGGCUUGUUUUAGUGGUUAGCAGGUUUGUUUUUUGUGUCUCAGUUUUUUAUUCUAACUCUUUACAGAAGAUGUUUUUAAGAUAAUGAUGUCGGUUAACAUUUGUUCACUUGUUCUUAUUCUGUAGAUAUGAUUUCGCUGGUGGUUUGCAUUUGAAAUGUUACGUAAGGGCAUUUUAUUACAGUGCUUCAUGACUUGUCCAUUUUAUUUUAACAUGCACGAUGUAUUGUGCAACAAAGAGUGAGGAUUGUUGACUGUUUUUGUAGACAAAGCUUAAAUUGUGAAACUCUCAUUUUUCAAUCACAAUGAUGUUAGGCAUAUGUGACAAAAUAUUUCUUGGACCAUGUGAAAUUUACUGAAAACUGUUUACUGUUUUCUAGGCAUAUUACUUUCCACUGGUAUGUGCAGAUAAAUUAUGUGGUGUAAAGUUUUGGAUGCAUAUACAAAAGGAAAUGAAAGUUGUGUUUCACAGAAUUGAUGAGCACAUUAAUAUCAACUAUAUUUUUAUAAUCACUUCUUCUACUUCCCCAAUGAUAGUUUUAGAUGUUUAUUAAGCAUACGGAGUACUUUGUGUAGUAAUUCCAAAUAUUACAUUCCCUAUAAUUUGUCUCUAAUGUAAUUAUGGUAAAUUGUUUUAGUAAUAAUUUUUUUUUUUGUUUUAGCAUUUUAAAACUGCCUAUGAUUUUAAUGAUGCCGUGAUAUUGUAAAAAGAAAUCUCAAAAUAUGUAUGUACCAUUUUUCUGAGUUUUAAAUUAUUUUAUUGUACAGCUGUUAAAACCCCUGUGUGUAAAUAGUGUUUGGUUCCUAAAAAUGAUCUGUAAUUUGUAAAAAAAAUAAUAAAUUUUUCGAUUUUGCAA